GCUCUCUUUGCCCUGUCCUCCAUGCUGAGACACUUCCCCUAUGCCCAGCAGCAGUUCCUCAAGCUGGGUGGCCUCCAGGUCCUCAGGAGCCUCUUCCGGCAGAACGGGAUGGAGACCCUCCACAUCCGUGUGGUGACACUCCUCUAUGACCUCAUCAUGGAGAAGAUGCUGCUUGAGAACUCCCAGCAUGGAGACCAGAUGGAAGAGAAAAUCCAGCAGUACCAGCAGGUCAGGCUGGUGCCGGUGGUGGUGGAGCAGGACUGGUGCACGGUGGUUCCCAAUCUGCUGGCCAUGCCAGAGCAUGACACUCGGGAAAAGGUCCUCAAGCUGGUGGGUGUACUGAUGGCCUUCUGCAAGGAGCACUACCGGGGGGACCCAGCCCUUGGCACCACCCUCAGCCUCCUGCGCAGUGAGUACGAGGAGCUGGCGGCUGAGGAGCAGAGGGAAGGGGACAAAGACCAUUACUUCAGGGAGCUUCUUGGCUCUAUAAAUACCAUCAUCCAGGAAUUAAGGUGA